UUUUAAAUUCAGUUUCAUUCAAAUUUUAUCACCACCAGUAAUAAUUCACCACUCAUAUCAAAUGUGCAGUAAAAUAUAAAAUUUGCUCAAAGCAACCCUGAUUUCAAAAGCCGGUCUGCCAAACAAAAAAGAGAAAACAGUUUCAAAAUUAGAAAACAUUGAUAAGAGUGCGUUCAACGGCCAGAAGCCAGAAAAACAACAUACCAGUGCAAUAGAAAGACGAGCUUCAGAAAUAAAACGACAACAACAACAAAGUGCAUUGCUAGCAAUAAGUAAGUGUUAAGUUAAGUGGAGCAAUGUUUGCUUUAUUGUGCAUUAAUUCUAAUGUGAUAAUUAAAUGCGGACAUCUGUGUUGAAAGCGUGUAAGUGGAAGAAAUGAAUUGAAAUUCACUUGAAGAGUGUAUUGAACUGAAUAUCGAUGCUAAAACAGAUAAAAUGACAAAAACGAAUGCAAGUGAAUCUAGUAAGACGGCAUGCAAGCGACUUCGAGUUGUAGCGGCAGAUGAGAUGCUGCCACACGAGAUGCAACGAGAGUGGCUCGAACAAAACGAAGAAAUGGUUUUAGAAAAUUUGAAUCUAGAGCUAACAUCAACAGAAAAUUCUGAUGAAGAUUUAGUGGAAGAAGAGGAAGAAGAUGAAGUGGAUUCAUGUUCAUCGUUUAGUUUGCAGGAAUGCAUAAACGAGUUCCGUGCACGUCGUAUACGUCGCAUAUCUUCACACAGUCGGGAUGUGCAAAAUGAAAACCCAACCACACAGGUUACGAGUAAUGUAACGUCUUUAAAUAAUAAAAAAAAUAAUAAAGACAUAGAUGAUGCUGAUUUAAUUAAACAAAACCGUAGCAAUAGAGAGCAGGAACGUAAGUGUAAACCUUGUAAAAAUGGUUUCUGCUAUUGCUUUACAAGCGACAGUGGGGAUGGCAGUUGUACUGGUUUAGGAACGGCACGUGGCACACACGUGCGACAGCAUAGGCGUCACAAAAAUGAGCAAAUACAAGUUGCUCAACAACAUAACAAAAAACACAAAGAAAAGCAAAAUGAUAACUUGUCACAUCGUCGUGUCGUAGAUGACCUACAAAUACCGAAUACAGUGAGAUCCAAUACAAGUGGUGAGUUUUUAACAGCAUUUAGUCGUCUGGAAACUACAACAAAUGAUGAACCACUCAUACAUAUUAUACAAGAGCUACACAAUAAUUGUGUUAUAUCCGAAGUACGUGUGAAUAAAGAAAAAGCACUAACACAAAGAUCAUAUUCGCAACCAGAAUCGAAAAAAAUGACUUUAAAGGGAGAGGUGAAUAAGACAUCUCCUGUGAAAGAGUGGUGUAAACCAACAGCACCGCCUUUGGAAAAAAUUACCGAAAAUGAUAGUAUAUCUGAUACUUCCACUUAUGUGUCGGCACUCGAUAAAACAAUCAAAUGCGAUGAAUGUACGCACCGCAAACAUAAAGCUGCUGGCCGUUUAUUACAAAAACGUUUGUCGGCAACAUCGGGUCAGAUAAAGCCCCGAAAUAUUAAGGAACCACCUCCUAAGCCACCGCGUAGCUCAAUUGGUUUUGAACACAAGGAUUCGGUUAGUUCACUUGUGUCCACUUCGCCUUCAGUACGUGAGGCAGAGCUUAUUGUUGAUAAGUUUCUUGUUUCGAGAGGUGUUAAGAUAAACACUAGUCCAGCAAAAUUAAGAAAUAAGGAUACGAGUAGGAAGAGUGGCAACGAUUUACCGCAUAAAUCUGUUAGCAAAUCAGACAAAAGGAAAUCAUAUCCAUUAAGUAAGUUGAUUGAAAUUUAGUAGUUAUGGUAUUUUAAUUGUUGCUUGCCAAACAUUAGUAGAA